AUGGAGCGCACGAGCAGCCGGCACGGCCUCCUCCAGCCCGCCGCCUCCCCCUGCGCCUCCGACUCCUCCGUCUCAUCGCCACGCCGCGAAACCCUCGCAGAGGCGGCCGGCGCCGGGGAGGAGGAAGCCGUCGGGACAAUGCCUGGCCGCCGCCGCGGCGGCGGCGGCGGCGGCGGCGGCCGCCUAAGCGUCAAGGAGACGGGUAAUAAGCAGAAGGCGGACGCCGACCUCCCCCGCGCCGGCGCUCUCCGUCCUGCGCUCGGCCCCCGCCGUGCUCUCUUCCCCAGCGCCACCACGGAGAUCGAGGUGGCGCCUCCCUCCCCUUCUCCUCCGUCUUCCCGCCUCCUUGCCAAGAACGCGGCGUGCGGCCUCGGCGGCCUCGCCGUGAGCGCGGCAGGGCCGGCUGGCCUGGAAGGGAGGCUGGGCGGGCAGAAAAGGGAAGAAGAGGCGGCGCUGGGGCCGUUGGCAGGCCGGCUGCGGCAGCUGCGCCGGGAGGGCGGCGAGGGCUGCCUGGAAAGCGAGCCGCGGGCGGAGGAGGACGCCGGCGGCUGCAUCCCGGAGGCCUUCGCGGCGAGGUUACAGAUGAGGGAGCACACGCUGGCGAGGUUACAGAUGAUGGAGCACACGCUGGGGACUCUGCGCGAGACUAUGAACAGCUGCAGGGAGGGCAUGGCGGCAAGUCCGGUCCAGGGCGAGGAAAUGCUAGCGGGGAACGAACCUAUCGACAUUUGGGCGGAAUAUUUGGAGCCUGGGCGCAAGAACAACAAGAUUGGCCGUACUUGCAACUGGAAGUGGACUAUUUCAGUGAUUGCUUUCGUUAGCGGUCUGGUGCUCCUCAGUAAGUUUCGGACUCUGCUCCCAAUCGCCUACCUCACUCACAUUGUUGGCACAAUCGCUGUUUUAUGGAUACUUGGCAGCAUUGCUUUCUGUCGUCGACUCUUUGGGGCAUCUAGGACCAUGAAGGGUUUCAGCCACCAUGUUUCACGGCUCGGAUAUGUGUGCUUCUCACUCCUCGUCUUGUAUGUCAUGUACCUCAUCUCGCAGCAUGUUUGUGGUACUUCUAUUAUUGUUUUGCUUGGCGAGCGUCGGUAGAGGUGCCAGUGCUAGCACUUACAUCAUCUUAGGCUCAGCGGAGUGUGUUUGUGUGAUGGUGCCUAUGACAGAUAUGACUAAUAAUAUGAGGUGGUGGAUGCUGUGAUAUCUAAGAUCAGUUUAUUUUUCUUUGAUUCCUGGACUGUUAGGCACUAGCUAAUAUUGUCCCAUGGUAAUAUGGUAUGGCUCAUCUUUUGCAAAAAUUAGUAUAUGUAUAUAUACUGAGGAAAUCUACCUUGCAGUA